AUGUCGAGUGGCUCCCCCCUUCUGGGAUCAUCAGACCAGCAUGCGAUAUACUACUCCUCGGUGGAGAACAAUGGCCAGAUGUACGACGACCACAUAGUCAACAUGGACGAUGAGAUCCUGGCCACCAUGGGCUACAAGCAGGAGUUGAGGAGAGGCUACUCCACCUGGGAGAUCUUUGGCAUCGGCUUCUCGAUCAUGGGACUACUGCCAAGCAUCGCCAGCACGCUGUCCAUGGGACUGGUGUGUGGUCCAGUAGGGCUAGUCUGGGGCUGGUUCCUGUCCGGGAUCUUCUUGCUCACCAUUGGACUAUCUAUGAGUGAAAUGGCGAGCUCACUUCCAACCUCUGGCGGCUUGUAUUUCUGGGUGUACCAUUUUGCACCGCGGUCAUGGAAGAUACCCAUGUCGUUCUUCAUCGGGAUAACCGACUCGAUGUCUCUGGUGAGUGGCCUGUGCUCUGUUACGUAUGGGCUGGCGGUGCAGAUCAUAUCGUGCCUCAACAUAUACGAUGAGACCAUUGAGUGUGGUGAAUCGCUGACUUUCCAGGUGUUUGUCCUUUGCAUCUUGCUCCAGACGGUGCUGACGUGUGUCUCGUCCUCGGCAUUGGCAAGACUACAAGGGACCACGAUUACCAUCAACUGCCUUAUGAUCUUGCUGUUUGUUGUUGUGCUUCCGUAUGGGACGAAGAAGAACAAUGGCUCGUUGAACGAGGUUUCGUACGUCUUCAAGCACUUCGAGAACGCAAGCGAUUGGCCCAAUUUAUGGUCUCUUCUACAGUUCGGUAUGAUGCCGGCAAUCUGGACAAUAGGCUCCUUUGAUGCAUGUGUCUACAUGUCCGAAGAGGCCCUCCACCCUUCUACUGCUGUUCCGAUUGGUAUCUUGGGCUCCAUAACAGCGUGCUGGAUCCUGGGGUUCGUAAUAAAUAUCGUCAUCUGCCUGUGCAUGCCGAAGGACAUUGGACAUCUCCUGAACUCCGAGCUGUCCCAGCCAUUGGCACAGAUCUUGCUGGAUAACCUGGGUAGGGAAUGGGCGCUGACGUUCAUGGUGUUGAUCUCAGUCGGGCAGUUCCUGAUGGGCUCGAGCGUUCUCGUUGCCAUAUCAAGACAGAUUUGGUCGUUUGCGAGAGAUGACGGCCUGCCCUUCGCAGACUAUAUCAAGGUGAUCAACGAAAAGCUGGCCACACCUAUAAGGGCCAUCUGUAUAAGCGCCUUAGUAUCCAUACUGCUGGGCACGAUUGUUCUCCUGGGGUCAACAGCGGCCAAUGCGUUGUUUUCGCUCUCCGUUAUGAGUACAUAUCUGGCAUGGGUCGCACCCCAGAUCCUCAGAUUCAUGACCAAGGAGUCGUUAUUCCUCCCCGGCAAGUUCUACAUGGGCCACUCGUGGUCAUUGGUGGUCAACUGGAUCGCGAUUGUCUUCCAGGUGUUCAUCAUCCUCAUGUGCUGCUUCCCAGACACCAUGCACGUCACCGCUGAGACCAUGAACUACACCAUCGUUGUCAACGGCAUCGCGUGGCUUAUCUCCGGCUGGUACUACUACUACCACAAGAAGCACGUUUACAAGGGUCCAAAGUGCAACCUGGAAGGCUUGGACGAUGAGGAGGUUGAGAUCAUAGAGGAGAUCAUCGAAGGUAUCUCUCCUGUGUACUUCAUCCACUCCCCCUUGUCCACCAUCAACGAGGAGAUCAAGGACGAGUUCAAGGGCAUCAAGCUGUACUCCAAGGAGUACUACUACACGUGCACGCUCGGUGGUAUCCUAGCGUGUGGUCCUACGCACAGUGCCGUGACUCCCCUUGACCUCGUCAAGUGCCGUCGCCAAGUGGAUGCGCACCUGUACAAGUCCAACUUGGAGGGCUUCCGCUCCAUCAUCAAGACUGAGGGUUUCGGUGGUAUCUUCACAGGAGUCGGUGCCACUGCGAUCGGUUACUCGUUCCAAGGUGCCGGUAAGUACGGGUUCUAUGAGUUCUUCAAGGAGCAGUACACCGAGCUGAUGGGCCCCGAGUUUGCUAAGAACUACAACACCGUUGUGUACCUGGCGGCCUCUGCGAGUGCUGAGUUCUUGGCCGACAUCAUGCUCUGUCCAUGGGAGGCCAUCAAGGUGAAGACCCAGACCACGAUCCCGCCUUAUGCCACCGGUGUUCUCGACGGCUGGAAGAAGAUCACCGCCGCUGAGGGCGUGGCAGGCCUGUACAAGGGUAUCGUUCCACUGUGGCUAAGGCAGAUUCCUUACACCAUGGUCAAGUUUGCAACCUUUGAGAAGGUUGUGGAGGCCAUCUACUCCAAGGUGCUGUCCCGUCCAAAGAGAGAGUACACUGCUUUGCAACAGACCGGUGUCUCCUUCCUCGGUGGUUACAUUGCUGGUAUCUUCUGUGCCAUCGUGUCUCAUCCUGCUGAUGUGAUGGUGUCUAAGAUCAACAACGAGAAGAAGGCCACUGAGAGCGUUGGUGAGGCUACAAAGAGAAUCUACGGCAAGAUUGGUUUCGGCGGCUUGUGGAACGGUUUGGGUGUCAGAAUCGUCAUGAUUGGUACCUUGACUGGUAUGCAAUGGCUGAUCUAUGACAGUUUCAAGGCGUAUGUUGGACUGCCAACGACUGGUGGCCACUAG